AUGGACAAACAGUUGGUCUUGGCUCGAGAAACCCAAGGUGCGACUGUGCAGGACCAGAUGGAGCUUUCUUCUCCCGUCUCAAGCGAGACUCUUGCGUUACAGCAGAGGAUGAGAGCUAAUUUCGUCGAGCUUCAAGAACAGAGGCUUCAUAAGUUGAUUAGCGAAGGCCAUCUUUGCGUUGGUGGUCGCUCCCUUGUAUGGGUCGAUGAGCAUGGGCUUCUUACAGCACAAAACAUGAGCAGCAAGUAUCCACGAGAGAAGAAACCUUUCUUCCACGCAGGAUCAGACGCUGAUGUGACUCAAAUAUCUAAAUCCAAAACGAUAUCGCGUCACUGUUGGGGCAAAGAACAUUCUGGAAGUGAAAAGGAUGUUUUGGGCUCUCUUUUAGAGCAUCUCGUCACGAAAGAGAUCAAAUAUCUACCCAUCACUACUCAUUUAACCUGGAAGAACCUUUUGGCUGAUCUCGAAAGCUCGACGGCUACUCAUACACCGACAUCGGUCAUGUUCAAGAAGUUGAAGGAAGCCAUAACCGAAGAAAAAGAUGACUGGGGUCACCUCGACUUUUUCGUUGACAACUGUGAAGAUCAGAAGGAAUUUUUCGACAUAGAUCUAGACGCGCUUUCCGCAGCCUUAUACCGAAUCGCCGGGGUAGAUGCUCAUCGGAGCAAACCUUGGAUAGCGUUACGCCAGAUCGACGAGGACUUGGCUGAUGAGAUCUUCACACUUUGUAAUUUGGCAAAGAGGGUGCAAACAGAAGAGCUCUCUCUAGAACAGCUUCCUUGUCUAUCUGAGCUUGUCAAUGGCUUGCGAGACACACUUUGGGAGUGGAAGAUGGUAGGAAAAAUGGACCGACUGUUCAAAGUCAUGGAAGCAAAAGUUUUUGGUCGGUCAUAG